AUGUUUUCAGGCCCGACUCACAGCAUUGAAAAGGCGGAGGUGCGAGUGCCCGAUAACCCUGCUUUCCCGACGACCACGACUUCCCCCAAUACACGGCCCGUCUCUUUGCUCGACCUCCCACUCGAAAUCCGCCUCCAAAUCUACUCGUGGGUCCACCUCCUCCACCCCUUCCAAUACCGGGAGCUAGCCCCGGGCUACCCGGCCCCCGCCGUCCAACCCUACCGCACGGCCCACCUACCCCCCCGGCCCUUUGCCUACAUGCCCACGGCCCUGCUGCUCGCGAGCCGCCAAAUCUACCACGAGGCGCGCGGGAUCCCCUACGCCGCCAACGAGUUCUCCUUUUGCCCCAUUUUCUGCUCGGGCCUCGCCGCGGCGGCAGCCCUCGUCGGCCGGGCGGCGCCGUGGCAGCGCCGGUCUCUGCGGUAUCUCACUCUGCGGAUGGGAUUGGCCGACGCGCUUCGCAUGCUGCGGCGGGAGUGGUGCGCGCUGACGGCCGGGCUGGAGGGCGCGAGGGGCCUGCGACCCUCCCUACGCCAACAACUUCCGAAGCCGCGAUUCCCCUCGCACAUUCUUCCCAUGCCCGAAAUGCCCGUCUUUUCCUUCGCCGCGGUCGAAUUCGUGGCCAAGCUCACCGUCGCUUGCGCCGUCGUCGGCCUCGUGCGCUGGCUCGUCUGCCCACCACCCCGCGACGGCCGAGUCCCCGUCGCCCUCGUGGGCGCGCGCACCCUCGUUCUCCUGACCAUCGGCGUUUGGCAGCUCGACCUCGGGGUCGAGGUCUAUGAACAGCAUGGGCCCGAGGCUUUGCCGGUUUAG